AUGACAGAAUUGGAGACCGUGAUGGUUCUGAUCAUGGAUGUCUUCGACAAAUAUGCCGGUACAGAAGGCAAAAAAGAAACUUUAACCAAAACGGAGUUGAAGAACCUGAUGGAGAAUGAGUUGCCCGGGAUUCUUAAGGGUGCGAAAGGAAAGGACGAUUGUGACAAGCUUCUGAAGGAUCUGGAUGAAAAUGGAGACUCAGAAAUUGAUUUUAAAGAAUUUGUCAUUUUUGUUGCUUCAUUCACCUGCCUGGUACAUGAGAGAUUCCAGGAAAGCGCCAAGAAAUAA